UCAGAGCACAGGGAGAGAAAUGAGCUCGGGGAAUUUGCAAGAGUAUCAUCACCCCCGUCCCAUGCACAGCCCUCCCCCCCUGCGUCGAGCCAGCCUCCCUCUUCUUCCUCCUGUGUUCAACUCUGUCACACUGACUCAGUCUCUGCUCAACACCCCAGCCCAAACCCCACCUCUGUUUCUCGACGCUCUGGAGAGCGGUGCCUCGUUGGCUCAUUACGACACCCAGUCUCACCAGAAUGAUACCAGCUCACUCUUUGACUUUGCGGAGAAGCUGAGCCAGCAGAGCAGCUCGUUGUCUUAUCAGCUUCAAAACUCCUUUCCAACCAGCCAGCAUCAGCCUCAAACAUCUGUACCCCACAUGGCCUACCUUACUCCAUCGCCCUACCUCACCCCCAACCCUCCAGACUCCAACCCUACCUCCUACCUGACGUUUGCACCUGGAGGAAGCUCGGCUGGACUGGUCACGUACUCAACAGGUGGUCACACCUACUUUCAGUCCCAGAGGACCGGACAGAUCCUGCUGCAGCCAGCCGGCCACCAUGGUGGGGUGGCAUCGUACCAGUCGUAUCCGUGGAGUAACUUGUACAGUCAGCCAGGUGUCCACCAGCGCACCCAGUGUCCCUCCACCUACUCGGCCAGCUUGGGAUCCGUUCGAGACCACCAGACCCCCUCUACCUCCAGCCUGCCUGUCCAUCCUGGCUUUCAGGUGGGGGAGCUUAACCCUUCACAUACAAACUUGCAGCAAGCAGCAGAGACCCAGUCACACGUUCCCGCUGGCACCGCCAUCCUCCCACCAGUGUCCACUCUGCGACCCUCCUGUCUCAGAGCUGAGAUUACUCCGACCAGUUCUUCAUCGCUGCUUCCCUCUCAGGUCAACUCCACGUCUCCUCAAAGCCCUACAUCACCCUCUUGUGUUAAAUUGGAGUAUGACAGCCCUCGAGAGAUUCACAGUCACUUCCACUGUGAUUUCUCCCCAAUACAGUUUUGAAUCUGUGUUUGAGUUUGCCUUGUGUGUAAAUAGUGUAACAUUUUUGUAUAUUUUGUAUUAUUAAUAUAUCUUCUGAGUGGAAAUGUUUGUAUCUUAAUACUCCGAUGGGCUGUGAAAAAGCUCAGCUCCAAUAAAUGCAAAUGGAAAGGUUCA